CUUCAACGCUGAAAUAUGCCUUUCGAGAGAUUCGUACAAACUGGUCGCAUUGCCAAGGCCUCGGCCGGCCCCUUGAAGGGUCGCCUGGUGGCCAUUGUCGACGUCAUUGACCAAAACAGAGUUUUGGUUGAUGGUCCUUUGACCGGUGUUCCACGUCAGGAAUACAGAUUGAACAAUCUGCAUCUGACCAAAUACCGCAUUAAGUUCCCAUUCACCGCGCCCACGCGCAUUGUGCGCAAGGCCUGGACUGAGAGCGACCUGAAGGCCCAGUGGAAGGUCAGCCCCUGGUCCGUCAAGGCACAAAACAUUUGCAAGCGCUCACAAUUGAACGAUUUUGACCGCUUCAAGCUGCGUUAUGCCAAGCGCCAGCGCAACAAGCUGCUGACCAUUGCCUUCAACACACUGAAGAAGCGCACCAAGUCCGACGGUACUCCACGCAUCCUGAAGAAGGAUCGCCGUGAGCGUCUGCGUGCCGAGAAGGCCAAGGGUGGCAAGAAGGCAGCGGCCAAGAAGUAAACAAUAAAUUAACGAAAGUAACUGCUUGAUGAACAUCCACCACAAUGGAGAAAAUAAAAGAAAGUGUUAUUUUUAGGAAAAACA